AUUCCUUCUGUCAGCGGUAAAUUUUCAUCGUUCGCAAUUCAUAUACCCGAUCAUAGAAGCCAGAAAUUUCGCAAAAAUAAAUUAAAUAAAAACAAUGGCAGAAUCUACAAAUUCCGAAGAUAAAAAACUCCAUGAAAUAUUUCUAAACGGUUGGGAUCUUUAUGAAGAACUGGAAAAAACAACUUUACCAUUUUCAAGCGAGAAAUAUCAACGAAAAGUAAAGGAUUCAAUUGGAUCCUUCGAGGAAAGUACAAAGAUUGUCAACCACAUAGCGAUGUUUAGUCCAAAUGAGCUAAUCGAUGAAGUUCCAACCGAACAUCUGCAAUAUCUCCUGCUUCCGUUUUUCUUGGCAAAACUAUCAACAAAAUUAGUUGAUUCCGAUCGAGGUAGACUUCUUGAUUUGGCUGAAAUCUACUAUAAUGAUUUUCUACAGCGAUGCUCUGAAUAUGAACUCACAGAAGCACCCAAAAAAGUCGAGGGUAAUGGUACGGUGGCUGAGAGCAAUGGCAAUAAUAGACAGGAUGAGUUGGCAAGUCUAAUGCGAGCUGCUCAUUCUAGAAAUGAUAAGAUUGCACAAUUUCGCAAGAAAAAGGAACUCGACGAACAAAUCAAGCUGCUCCACCAUGCCGUACGCAAUGAAUCUAUCGAUGAUGAAGUUAAACGUGAUUUCUUUAUUAAAUUCAUCAAUCGCAGCAUAAUCGAAUCUAACGAGGAAUUAGACAGCUUAAAGCUGGAAAAGCAAAUGGUACAAAUGCGAGCAUCACAAAUUUCAAGCGAGCCAUCUAAGAAAACUAAAGUGAAAGCUCCUCCCCGACCACCAAUGAAGCCUUUCAUCAUUACUCGGGAUAAUACGCAAAAGGCAGUCUUCGGAAUGGGUUACCCCAGUUUGCCAGUAAUGACUGUGGGUGAGUUCUACCAUCAGCGUGUUCAUGAGGGCAUCUUUCCCAACGAGGAACAAGUUCAAGAGAUGAACAAACAACAGCACCUGGCCAGGACCGCCAACCCAGAGGAGAAGGAAGACGAGGAAAAGGCAGUGAAUGAAGUUCUCGAGGAGAACGACGAUGAAGAGUAUUUACAGCGACAGCGCGGCAUGGAUGAGUACAAGGAUGUUGUGCGAAGAGGCGAUGGCAAUCGCCACAAUCGUAGUUAGACUUAAAAAUUGUAUGUUUAUUUCUUUUUAAUAUCCAUCGUAUAUUUAAUAAAAUUAUUAAUAUUUGUAUAACAAAAACAA